AUGGUUAGAGUGACAAAACCAGGAGGCUGGAUCGAAUUAAUGGAAAGAGAUAUCCUUUGGUACAAUGAGAGUGACGCUGUAAAAAAUUGGAGAACAAAGAUUGUUGAUGGAUUAAAAGCAGGAAAAGGAAUUGACCUUAUAAUAAGCCCGCUAAUACCUAGUUAUCUUGCUGCAAAUAAGUCAUUAACUAAUAUUUCAAAAGAUGAAAGGGUCGAACCCUUGGGCGCGUGGGGGGGUGUUUUAGGUCAAGCUUACGCGCAAAUUAUAACGUGGGGUGCUAAAAACCUUUCGGAUGCUGUUGCCGAUAUACAAUUCCAAGAAGGUGAUUAUAAUUCAUUAAUUGAUAUGGCGAUGAAGGACUUGGAUAAUAAUAAAUCAUUUGACAAAAGUCAUCGUUUUUGGGCAAUGAAAAAAACGUGA